AUGCGUUUCACUGCUGCUGCCAUCGUUGCUUUCGCUGCUGGCGCUCUCGCCUCGGCUAGCUCCAGCGCUUCCGUCAUCACGGAGGUCAUCACCUCCUACGAGACAUACUGCCCUGAGGCCACCAGCUUCGUUGCUGGUAGCUCCACUGUGCACGUUACCGCUCCCGGUACCAUCACUCUCACCGGCUCGUACACCGUGACCCGUCCUUUGUUGUCCUCCACCGUCACCAUCUGCAACGCCUGCAGCUCUACCGCCGUUCCUCUCGGCACUGGCUCCCCCAAGCCUCAUACCUCCAUCCCUGUUGCCCCUGUUGCUGUUGCUUCAAGCACCACCGCUCCCGCCUCCCCCGCCUUCACUGGCGGUGCUUCCCACGCCGCUGCCGGCGCCGGUGCAGGUCUUGCCGCUGUUUUCGGUGUUGCUGCUUUCUUACUUUAA